GAUUUAGGGCGUUGUGGGGGUGUUGCUUAACUUCCCUACACGUAACCGUACUCCCGAACCCAGAACUUCAUUUUCGCAGACCAUAUCUCGGUUCUGACCCUAAGGUUAGAGCCGAUCCUAAGAGUGUUCGAUCCACUCCAACUAAGAUCGAUGGCGACUCCCAAAAAUGCCGACGCGACGACGUACGGACUCCCGGACGGGACGGUUGCGACACGUCCCAACAACAACAACAACAGGAAGAAAGGGCGGCCCUAACCUGAUCUCAACUGGUGGGAGUGGAAUCUCCAUGCUGCUGGGGAGAAUGUUAACUGAAAGCAGGGUGGCUCUAGCAAAAGCAGCAGGGGCAGCCCGCUAUGCUUGGGGUGGAUAUGGAGAGGUUAACGUCCAGCCUACAGAGACUCAAAACCUCUUCAUUUUCACCUUCAGUAACCAGGAGAUCAGAGAAAGAAUCUGGAGAGAUAGGCCGUGGAGUUUAUCCAACACUUUGACAGCUCUGGAGAAAUACAACGGGAGAGGGAAGCCAGAGGAAAUACCUUUGGAGAAGAUUGCAAUGUGGGUGCAGAUCCAUGGGAUGCACCAAGACCAAAGGAAUGAACAGAAUAUGGUGGCAAUAGGUACACACUACUUCCCAGGCUUCCUCGACCUCGACAGAGCUAGUCUUGGGUUUAAUGGCUAUAGAAGAUUCCUACGAAUUCUGGUGGAGGUGAAUCUCAGGGAGCCGAUUCCAACAGGAUUCGAUUUCCCAUUCACAGAUGAGAAAACAGGGGUGGAGUAUUGCGAUGUGGUUGAAUUCAAGUAUGAGAGGCUCGUGGAACUGUGCUAUUUCUGUGGGUGGAUAGGCCACAACUGGCCGACUUGCUGGAGAAUGGAUGAGGAGAGGAGGAGGAACGGAGUGGCUUACCUUUCGGACGUGUACAACGCAUCUCUCAAGGCAGGGAUAGACUCUCCAAACAGACCGGGCAAUUUCAGAAAUAGCAGAGAAGGGGAAGGGUCACAGAACGUUCAGGGGGGAAGAAACAGAGCGAGGGUGGGGGACUAUCAGCGGCGGGGGAUUGACGGGGACGACAGGGCUGAACGGGAAGGAAGAGUCCAGGUGGAGAGAAACCCACAAGUUCCCCCUGGAUUCACCAUCAGGAGGAUCGAGUUGGGGCAUCCAGUGAGGGAGGAAGAGGAGAAUCAAGGGAGACAGAGAGGGCGAUAUCGAGAGGAGAUGGGGGAAAGGGAUCUGAGUUUGGAUUUGGAAAGGGCAGUGGCGGCUAUGGAGGGAAGCCUCCGAUUGGAAGAAGUUUGAUCACAGGGCAGCGCCGACCAACGAAGAGCGGAGGAGGAGGCGGUGGAAACAGGCCUAUCUCUAGGGCCGACGCAGCAAGUGGGAAGAGCAGGAGGGGCCCAAAGUUUGGGUAACAUAGGCCCAACAGAUGGGUCUCUGUAUCAACACCAACAAGAGGCCUUGGAGGUGGAGAUGGGCCGUGGUCAAAAGAAAAGAAAAGGGACGGG